CUUUUCAAGUAGCGACUACCAAGGCUAAGCGCGCAUUCACGGAUUUAAGACGGGAUGGACCUCCGUCUGAAGCGCCGGCUCCGUCCAGCCUUCCGACAUCCCCACCGACUCCUCCCCAACCUUUCCAUGGGUGGGGUUAUCCGUGGUUGCUCAAGGCAAGCCCCAAAACCAGCCACUCUGAAGAACUCAGCAGAAGAGUUGCUGAGCUGUCGAAGGAGCCGCAAAAGUUUCUCAUGGUGGGGGUUUCCGACGACCGCGCCGAGCACUACGUGAACCUGGAGAGCGCGUUGCUCUCUGCUCCAGCCAUUCUCGAGGCGGACGAUCACCUGAGCAGAAUCUUUUCGGAAUUCGUGCCUCGGCUGGUCUCGGAAAGGGAGUUCUGGAAGCGGUAUUUCUACGUGGUGGCGAAGGUGGAGCUUGAAUUAGAGCACGAGGAGGACUGGGGUGCUGCGGACCCUUCCCCUCUCGGCUCCCCUGCGAGUGUGGGAUCGCACGGACGACUUUUCUCGCUUCCCAUGUGGAAUCCCAAGGAACGGGACCUGAAUGGCAGCACCUGCAGCACAACGACGAGCGUGUGCAGCUUUGGAAACGUCGACCCGCCGAAUAUCCCAUCCUCUGUGCUCCUGCGGAAUCUUGCCCAGGCUGUCAGCUACUCGGCUCCGUUUGCGACGCUCAAGGACCUGGUGAACCACAACGGCAAGUGGCCGGGGACCGCACUUGCGCAGGCUGUGGGAGCUGGGAUUGGCCGAGCCUUCUCUCUCUCCUCUAUAUCGAAUGUGAAUGACGUUGACAGUACGGAUGACAUGAUUCAAAGGCUUCUUAGCUCAGGAGAAGAUGCCGCAUUUGAUUGCAGCUGCGACACCUUCAGCGGCAGCAGCAGCGGCGGCGGCGCCACGAGCAACAGCAAGCCCGCACAGGAAAAGCCGAGCGACGCCGCCCCGUCAGCAGCAACAGCCCUGGUGCACUCAGUGCACGGGGCGUACCCGGACAGCUUUGUGGCGCAGGUGGCGGCGCUCAUGGCUGAACUACCUUCGGAAAAGGACAUGGCACAGCUCUGGCUGGCACUGGUAGAACAGCUGCGGGUGCGGUGGAAGGCGGGAGUGCCAGUGCCGCAUGUAGCAGCAGGCAGGGACGGGCCGGACCUGCGGCUGUGCGAAGUGAUGCAGCACCUGCAGCUGCUCAACUGCUGCAUCGCGCGCCAGCGCCGGCGCAAGGCGAUCGGGUUUGCGUGUAAACUCCCCGGCUCAGCAGCAGCAGGAGCAGCAGCAGGAACAGGUGGUGGUGGUGGUGGUGGUGUAAGUAGGGGUAGCAGCAGGAAGAUCAGGGAAUCGCUGUCAGAAGGUGCUGCUGGUGCUUCCGGUCGUUGCGAUGCUUCAGGGGACGCUGUUGCUGCGGUGAGAAGUGCGAGUUUUGGUGUCGACGUGUGCGUAGGAGCAGAGGAGCAGAGCAGAGCAGAGGUGACACUGAAAGCACUGGGAGCACAAGAUGCAGAUACUGAAUUUGCGAAUUGCAGCAGCGAAGGCACAUGCGUCGUGCCUGAAGCAGGGAGCAUGGAACCCUGUGACUGCGUUACGAACCCACCGGAGGAGGCUCACACAGCAGCAGCAGCGGCAGCAGGAGCAGCAGGAUCAGCAGCUGGUGACGACGUGGCAUCUGGGGCGGUCAGAAGUGCGAGUGUGCAUGCAGGGGAUGAUGAGCUGGCAUCGGGGCCAUGCUGGAAUCGAGACUGUCCAGGUCAGCACCUGUUCCUGUGUGACACGUGCUCUCUGCCAUGUGGGAAUCACCCGCCAGGGGAGCAUGCUGGGCAGGAAGGCAGCAGAGCGGAAGCACAAGAAGCAGCGCCCGGGGCUGCGGCAGGGGCAGCAGCAGGGGCAGCGGCAGCGGAAUAUCACCUAGAUGCAUGCUAUGCGCGGGUGCAGUCAGGGAAGCGUUUGCUACGGAGGGGCGUGAAGGAGCAGUCGAAGAGUCUAAGACUGUUGGAGACAGGCGAGCCGCUGUGCAUCCCUGUGACUCAGGACGGGCCGCUAAUGACCGAGUCGAGUGUGCGGGAGAGCGAAGAGCUUAUAAUGCGUACAAAGAGCUUUGGGACUGGUCACAAGCAGCUCUUUUCAGACAUGCAAUCCUUCAAGGCGGCCAACCCAGGGUGUGUUUUGGAGGACUUUGUUCGCUGGUACUCGCCUCCUGACUGGUCGCCACUCCCUCAGUCGCCCUCCGUCCACUCGCCCUCCGUUCACUCGCCCUCUCCCCAUGCACCAUCCGCUAAACCUCAUCCUGUACAAACACCCGCUCUACACUCCCCCUCGCCCUCCUCCUCCACUGGUGAACUUCCAGACGCAAAAACUCCAUGUCCCGCGACUCACGGCCGAGAGAGGGAGGGCCAGGCUGCUAGGGGUGCUGUGGGGGGAAUAAUUGACUGUACACCCAAAAAGACAGGGUACCUCAGUGUGCGGAUGAAGGCUUCUGAUAACCUGUGGCAGCAGCUGUGGAACCGCGCUCGACCGCUGCCCAUCGCUCUCCAGCCCCCCUUGGUGGACUACGAUUAUGCUGCGGAAAAGAGCCUCACCUGGCUGGAGAGCAUUCCCCCAUCCCACCUCUUUGCAGAGCUCUUCACCGUGCUCGUUGCUGUUGGCUUCUCUGCCGCUGCCUCCGCAUAUCACACUCCCCCAAUUUCCUCCUCGUCUUCUCUCCCUUCAAGAAGAGUAGAUGGCUGGGUGCGUGUUACUGGUUCAAAUGCCGCAGCAACAGCAUUGGGGCAGGAGGGGGAGGAAGAGGAGGAGCAGGAGUGGGAGGGGGAGGAGGAGGAAGAGGAGGCAUGUGUGCAAGCAGCAGCGGAUGGGCACAUCAGAGCACGUGUGGCAGAGUGCUGUCGUUACGUGGCUGGGGCAUGCACGAGGGGAAUGAGCGAAGACAAGAUGACAAACGUGUGCCUUGUAUACGAGAUGAUGGAGGACAUAGUGGUGGGGCCACAAGCCAAGGCGCAGCUUCCCAGGGCCAACACAUCAGCCUCUCAGGACGCCCAACCCGUGUCAACACUCAAGCCCUCGCUCCUGCAGCAGUGGCAGCAAUGGCACUCCAAACCCUCCGCCAAACCUCACGACAACCACCACCUCUACCCCAACGACGCUCACGCAAUCGAAUCUCUCCCAGAGAACGCCCUUCUGAGCAACCCUCACCCAAACGACCCUCAACCCUCCGACGCUCAUCGGAAUGGCAAGGAGGAUGACCCACACACAUCCCAGCACGUCUCCUCGCAUCCACCCCCCCGCCAAUACGCCUGCUCGCCGGUUCUCCCUCCUGGGAGCUGGAUCGAGCUUCCCUUCUUUCCCCACUGCGAGUUUCCCUACAAGCCCCAUGUUUGGGUCAAUUGA